UCUCACCACUCAGAGGAAUUGACAUGAAGCUGAGUGUUUCUACAUAUGUGAGAAAGGUAUUGUUUCAUAUCCAUCUUAAAAUGAAUAAAGAGUGAAGAAUAGUCUACAUGUGUGUGUGUGGGGAAGACACUGUAAAAACUAGGCUUGUUUUUAUCUGGAUCACUUGUGAGUAAGCCCUGAGUGGAGAUGAAACAGGAGUACCAGGACCUCAUCCUGCAGACGUGUGGAGCCUCAUCCCUGCGUGUGGGUGAAAGCAUCCAGACUCUGUGGAGCGGUUAUGGGGAGAUCGUGCGUGUUCACCUGGAGGGCUGCGAUCGGCCCUCUGUGGUCGUCAAACACGUCAAGUUUCCGGAGGAGGCCGAUCAUCCUCGAGGCUGGAGCACGGAUCGCUCUCACGCACGCAAAGUGAGAUCCUACCAGGUGGAGACACACUGGUACCAGAACUACUCUGCCAAUCAGAGCUGUCGGAUCCCGGCCUGUCUGGCUGCCUGUUCACAUGGAGACGAGAUGCUGAUCGUGCUUGAAGAUCUGGAUGUGGCUGGAUAUGAUAAGAGGAGGACCAGUGUGAAGGACAAAGAGAUAAAGGCUUGUCUCAGCUGGCUCGCCCACUUCCACGCUCUCUUCCUCAGUGUGGCCCCAGAGGGUCUUUGGCCUGUCGGUACCUACUGGCAUCUGGAGACGAGGCCGGACGAGUUAGAGGUCAUGGACGACGCUGCGCUGAAAGCAGCAGCCGGAGACAUUGACAGGAUACUCAACGAAUGUAGCUUUAAAACCAUCGUUCACGGAGAUGCUAAAUUAGCCAACUUCUGUUUUUCCCCGAGUGGACGUGACGUAGCAGCCGUGGACUUUCAGUAUGUGGGCGGAGGCUGUGGGAUGAAAGACGUUGUGUAUUUUCUAGGAAGCUGCAUGGAGGAGAAGGAGUGUGAAAAGAGGGUGCCAGGCCUGCUGGAGUACUAUUUUGCAGAAUUAAAGCAAACUGUGAAAAAAGAUGUGGACUUUGCUGCUCUGGAGAAAGAGUGGAGGGAGAUGUUUGCAUUCGCCUGGACAGAUUUUCAUCGUUUCCUGCUUGGAUGGAUGCCUGGACACUGGAAGAUCAACCGCUACAGCAAACAGCUGACCAAAGAGGUUCUGCACAAACUGAAACUUGGAUCAAAUACCUCAGGGAACUGAAGGUUUGACUGGAGGGUGUCCAGUUUGAACCUGGUAACCUGUACAUUUUAAAAUAAGUCACUCUCAAACACAACCUCAGGACCUUCCUUCACCUGUGUGCCCUGAAGCAUCCCUGAAACAUCAACUUGAAUUAAACUGAUUCUGAUCACAAAA